GGCGUCAGAGGAAAUAAGAUUGUCUCUUUUCCAUGUUCAUGCUCAUAAGUCUUCUGCUUGCAAUGCAUGGAGCAUGCCCGCUGCUCUGAGACUUAUCAGAGGAAUGCUGACCCUAAGGAUAACUCUAGCGGCCUUUGUGCUCUUCAUCCCAGCAGCACAAUGCACGGCAACAAACGAUUCUCCAUUUGCUCUUAUAAACAGAGCCACCAAUGUUUGUUUGCUGAAAAGAUCAACUCGCUGUCUGGACAUACGCUGGACAACCGGUGAUCGGCUUUUUGCUGUCACAAGCAAAAAGUGUAUUGGUGCACAGGGCAAAAGUGUGGGGAGUGAAAUAAAUCUCUACGACUGUGACGACAAGAGUGAACUCCAAAAGUGGGAAUGCCGGAACCAAACACUGCUUGUCCUCAAAGGCACACAACUCUACAUUGUCGCCAGCCCUGAUGACUCUAUUACACUCACCAGAUCUGUUGGACCAAACAACCACUUCACAAUCACAGGGACAGCUAGCGGGGCCUGCUCAAGAACAUACAGAGAACUUUAUACCAUAGACGGAAAUGCGUUUGGUAAGAUCUGCAUGUUUCCCUUCCUGUACAAAGACCGCUGGUUUGGAGACUGUACUAUGUAUGACUCCUCAUCAAAGAGGGCUUGGUGUGCAGUUGGAACAAGAUUGGAAAAUGAGCAGUGGGGAUACUGCCCGACAACAGGCACAGAACACUGGUCCCAAAACAUGAUAUCACGAACAUAUUAUCAGUUCAACACACAUUCAGUUCUGACCCAGUCUCAAGCUGAGGCCAGCUGCAGGCAGCAGAGUGCCGCCCUGCUCAGUGUCGUGGAUCCAAUGGAGCAAGCUGUUCUCGCAACACUAAUGGGUGCAGUGGGACACAAACUUUGGAUUGGGCUAGUCCUGAACCCAGAGCACGGCUGGCAGUGGUCUGAUGGCAAGCCUUUCCGUUAUCUUAGAUGGAAUGCAGGAAAUCCUCUCCCUAAUCCUGGGCACAACUGUGCUUUUGUUGACUCUGCUGCGGAGCACACAUGGCAAAGUUCAUCUUGUGUAAAGAAACUGGGGUACAUCUGCUAUAAGGAUGGGAGAGCACCAAGUCCUCCGCAAAUUGAGCAGGGGUUUUGUCCAAGCCCUUGGAUACCCUACAAUGGCCACUGCUUCCACCUCAAUCGUCAAACUCAAACAUGGUCUGGUGCUCAGAGAGAGUGUCGCAGAGAGGGAGGAGACCUAGUGAGCAUCCGCAAUGUGGAGGACCAAAGCUUUGUCAUCUCCCAGCUUGGAUAUGCGUCCACCGAUGAGCUUUGGAUUGGACUGAAUGAUAAAGGGACUGAGGGGCUGUUUGACUGGAGUGACCACUCUGCAGUCACCUUCACCAGCUGGGAGUUUGGGAAACCUUCAGUCUCCACUGAUACAGAUGAUUGUGUCCUUAUUAGAGGAGAGAAUGGAAACUGGGCAGAUCGCUGGUGUGAUGAGACACACGGCUAUAUCUGUAUGAAGCAGAGUCAGACUGAUCACCCCGUAGAAGAAGUAGAAGUGAACAGAGGCUGCAAAGUUGGCUGGAAACGGCAUGGCUCCUACUGCUACUUUUUAGGAACAGAGACAAAGACGUUUGAUGAGGCAAAGGAGGACUGCAAGAGCUCAGAAUCCUACUUAGCUGAUGUUUCAAAUGGGGUGGAUAACGCAUUCCUUGUCAGUUUGGUGGGCUUGAGACCAGAAAGACACUUCUGGCUAGGGCUCUCAAACCAGAGGAACACUGAUGAAUUCGUGUGGACGAGCAAUACCCGAGUCACUUAUACACACUGGAAUGCUGACAUGCCAGGCUACCAACAGGGCUGUGUUGCCAUGGCCACUGGGAUUUUGGCUGGUCUCUGGGAUUUGCUGCCCUGCACCAACAGGGAGAAAUACAUCUGCAAACAUCUAGCAGAGGGGGCAGUUUUGACCCCUGCACCACCCACUCAAUCUCCCCCAAAGUGUGCAGAGGGUUGGACUCGAGUUGGAAUGAGAAGCGUCUGUGCUAAGUUUUUUACAGGGCCUAGAUCAGAGGAGAAGACCUGGUAUGAAGCCAGGGAUUACUGCAGGGCUAUUGGAGGAGACCUGCUCAGUAUCCACAGUGAGCUUGAACUACGAGUGGGAAACAACCAUGGAAAAGCCUGGAUUGGACUUCAUGUUCCUGAUUCAGGCACUGGUUAUGUAUGGAGUGACGGAACUGCGGUUAACUUCCAGCAUUGGCAGGAAGGAGAGCCAAACAAUCAUAACAACGAUGAAUCAUGUGCUGAAUACAGAAUGUAUUUCUUGAAUGAAGUGGGAUCAUGGAACGAUGUGAAUUGUGAGAGUUACAAUGACUGGCUGUGUCAGAUCCAAGCAGGAAUGACUCCAAAACCACCUCCAAAUAACACUGCAGUAGACUUUAACACCACUGCGGAUGGUUGGCUCAUCUGGAGAGGAAACCAGUAUUAUAUAAGCAGAAUGGGGAUGUCCAUAGAUGAUGCACGACACUACUGCCAGCAGAGGCAUGGUGACCUAGUAUCGAUCACCAGCAAAGAGGAAAAUGUCUUCCUUUGGAAACAGAUCUCCAGGUCCUAUGGGUACUAUUAUAUAGGCCUGAAAGUGGAUCUUGAUGGAUCAUUCUGGUUUCUGGAUGGCUCCCCUGUGGUGUUGCAAAGGUGGGAUCAAAACCAGCCUAAUACUGAAGUCUAUGAUGAGAACUGUGUUUACAUGACCUAUUAUAUGGGUUUUUGGGGAACUAGCAAUUGUGGAAAAGAGCACUCCUUCAUUUGUAAACGAAGUGUCUCACCUCCUGCAAAUACUACUGCUGCCCCCACACCUGCUCCCACAGGUGGCUGCAUGACGCCAUGGACUAAAUUUGACUCAAAGUGUUACAGUGUCAUGACUCGCCAAAAGCUCACUUGGGAAAAUGCAAGAAGCCAGUGCGUCACUAUGGGAGGUAGUUUGGUCUCAAUUCCUUCAAGGCGUGAACAAGCAUUUUUAAUCACCAGGAUGGCUGAACUUGGAACUGGCGAUGUGUGGAUUGGUUUAAAUAGUUUAAGACAAGACGGGUUUUAUUGGUCUGGAGGGAAAAAAAGGAGCUACACAAACUGGGGCUAUUCUAAAAAUGUACGUCGUCAGGGGAGCUUCUAUCAAAGAUGGAAUGAGGAAAACUGUGUUAUGAUGACAAGCAAUCCCUCUCUUGGCAUUGGAAAAUGGUACAUUAGGCACUGCAAUGACACCAAUGAAUUUAUCUGCCAGCGUGGGCUUGACCCACGUGUGAAUCCUCCACCAGAGCCAGUGAUUCCAAGCAUUUAUGUGUCUCUGGGAAAUGACAGCAUAAAGGUUGUGACUAAAAGUCUAACCUGGGAAGAUGCCCAGAAACACUGUCAAAAUGAAAAUGCCAACCUGGCCAGCCUGCGGAAAGAGUGGACACAAGGCUACGUUGAGCUGCUGUCAAUGAAUCUUAAAUCUCCUAUUUGGAUCGGACUGAACAAACAAAAGACUGGUGGCUAUUUUAAAUACAUUGAUGGCUGGCACCUGAACUUUGCUAGCUGGGCUGAAGGUGAACCUAAGAAAGAGCUCCCUUGUGUGUACCUGGAUGUUGACGGACAAUGGAGAACGGCUUUAUGCAAUCGGACCAUGAACAGUGUUUGCAUGCAGUCCACAGAUGUCCCACCAACAGAGUCAACCAUCUUCCCAGGAGUUUGCCCUGAAGAGACACAAGUAGAAUACCAGCAGACUGCUUCCUGGCUGCCAUUUAGGGGUCAUUGUUACCUGUUCAUGACGGAUGAAAUUGAAUGGGCAGAUGCAGCUAGUAGCUGUGUAAGGCAUGGUGGAAUCCUUGCUAGUGUUGAAGACCCUGAUGAACAGCAAUUCAUUAAAAGCAAUGUGGAAAUAUUUCAAGAUAGCGUUGGUGCUUUCUGGGUUGGCCUGUUUAAGACUCAUAAAGGGACAUGGAUGUGGUUGGAUAAAACAGUCUUGGACUACACCAACUGGGCCCCAGAGGAGCCUGAAAAUGACUUUGGAGAAAUCUCAACAUUAGAUGGGGUUUGGAGGACGGGUCGUAGAUGGCAUGACAGAGGAUACAUCUGUAAAACACCUAAAGUUAUGCCUACAGAUCAAGAAUCCAGACCUGAGCCUCAUGGCCAGGAUCCUCGCAAUCGGGUACACACCAGUUUGAUAGUGGUGCUGAUCAUUGCUGUCACAUCCACUCUGAUGGCCCUUGGAUUCUUCCUCUACAAGAGGUCUCCCAAUCCCUUACCAACCUUUGACAAUCCUCUCUACUUUGGCAGUGAAAGAUCGCAGCCUGAUGUUGUUGAUACCAACAAACUGAUAGAAAAUGCAGAGGUAGAAAACCCCGAGCCUAUUAUAGCUCUGUGAUUCAGAGAGUAGAAGAAUAUAGAAGGACUUUUAAUGUAUGAUACAGCAACCCAGAAUCCCAGACUGAUGUAUUACAUUUUUAUGCUUCCUCUUUCUUUGUGCUUAGUACAGUUCAUAUUCAGUUAUUUAAUAUGUCACUAGGUGUGAGUUUCAACAGAGUUGGCAAUGUCUGACCUCGUGGAACAGAACAGUUUAGGCUCUAGGAUGUCUCAAUGGAAAAUGACUUUGAUUUUUUCUUUGUAUGUAUGAUUGAAUGUAAUUAUUUGUUACAAGUUUGAUUGUGCUAACUGUAUGUUGUUUAUUGCUUCUAUUUUUGAAAAAUGUAAAAAUAUUACUGUCUCUCUUGGCUGUUUUUUUGUAAUGAAAUAAUACAAGGGAUUUAUUCUG